GUGAAAUUUCACUCCGAGUCAGACGUGGCACGAGAAAGAGCUGGACGUUAGAAAGUUUUAGUUAACUGUCAUUAACAAAAACAUAUACAAUGAGUGCUGCUGGAAACCUUGUAACUGUGCUUCGCAAGCUUUACGAUGAGUAUAAUGACAAAACUCCACAAAAACUUAAAAUUGUAGACGCAUUCUUACUUUAUGUGAUGCUGACUGGAAUAUUUCAAUUCCUGUAUUGUUGUCUUGUUGGUACUUUUCCAUUCAAUUCCUUUUUAUCCGGAUUUAUAUCAUGUGUUGGUACAUUUGUUCUUGGAGUUUGCUUGCGUGUUCAAUCCAAUCCUCGUAAUAGAAUGGAAUUCAAAGGCAUAUCACCCGAAAGAGCUUUCGCAGAUUUCAUCUUUGCUAACGUCAUUUUACAUUUGGUAGUGAUGAAUUUCAUCGGUUAAGAGGGAGCGUAAAAAUUAUUUUGGAUGCAUUGUACUUUUGAUGUCUUGUGAAGUAAAAAUAGAUGUUUUUUAAUGAUGAUAA